AGCAAAACAGUCGCAACUUUGACUUGUUGACGGUUGGUUCUGCUCGGGAUUGUGGGGCUGCGUCGAUUUCCAGAGCGUUUGGCGCGAGUGCGAAUCAUUUCAAAAGCUGCAAGUUGCCCGUUUGCGUGAGAGCUGCCCGGAAAAUGUUGGACGCAGUGGAGCAAGGAGGGCCGGGCCCCUGAAAGCCAGCGGAGAAAUUAAAUAAAUACCAAUAAAUAAUUAAAUGAUAGCACAAGUGAUUGGGCCACUGAGGCAGAUCAACCAGAAACAAAUACGGAGUGGAGAAUGCCAAUGAAGAAGGUGACGGUGAAGGAGUACGACUCGCAGGAUGAGGCCAGCACCGAGCUGCUGGAGAAGCUCAAGCACCUGGACCGCCGUGUGGAUGCCGCCGAGGGCGGGGGCGUGGCCAAGGGCGCGGGCGGCGGACGGAGGAGCAGCACCGCCUGCUGGCACUCGGUGAAGUGGAAGUCGGCGCUCAAUCACAUCGGACUGCUCGUCUCCCUGUCCAUUUACUGCGGCGUGGGCGGAUUGAUAUUUCGCCAUUUAGAACGUCCUGCGGAGGUGGAGCGCCUCUCGCAUCUGAAGGACAUCGUGAAGACUAACAGAGAGCGCUUCCUGCACACCAUACUGAACAACACCGAAGUGCACAAUCUCGACGAGCUGUUGUCCUUCGAGCUGGCCAAAUACGAAGCGGCCGUUCAACAGGCGGCUGAGGGGGGGCUACUCAUCGUGGCCGAUAAAGACUUUCCAGAGCCCUACGAGCGAUGGAGCAUCCUGCAAGCUGUGUUCUUCUCAUCGACUGUGUUAACCACCAUAGGCUAUGGCAAUAUUGUGCCAGUGACGACCGGUGGUCGGGUAUUUUGCAUUUGUUUCGCCCUCAUCGGCAUCCCGUUCACCCUCACCGUGAUUGCCGAUUGGGGUCGACUGUUUGCUACCGCAGUCUCUGUGUUUGGCAAGCACAUGCCCACGAAACCAAAGUUUACCAAUUUCAUUGGCAAAACCUGGUUCUACGCCAUUUUGGCGGUGGGCUUUCUGGGCGUUUACUUGGCCGCUGGAGCUGGCCUGCUCCUGCUGUGGGAAGAUGAUUGGACUUUCUUCGACGGUUUUUACUUCUGUUUCAUCACCAUGACAACCAUCGGGUUCGGUGAUUUGGUGCCAAAGAAACCCAACUACAUGCUGCUGUGCACAUUGUAUAUUCUCAUUGGCUUGGCCUUGACAUCGACCAUUAUUGAGCUGGUGAGGCGGCAGUAUGCCACCAGCUGGGCCAAGCUGCAGGAGCUAUCCGGUCCCAUGGCGGAAACUUUACGUCGCCUAGGCGAAACUGCGGGCACGGGUCUCGAUUACACCGCCCUGCAGAAGGUGCUUACGGUGUCCAUGCCCAAAUGGAAUAGCAAGAAGAAUGAUCACAGUCCAGAUAUCGCCGCCUUGGAAGCCAUCACAAAUGCCAUUUUGAAGGAGGUCAAGGAGGCGCAGAACAACAAGCCGAAGGUCCUGCAGAUCGUCAUCUACGAGUCCUCCGUUUAAAACUGUGGCAACAAUAAAUCGGGAGACAGACAGCGAGUGCUUCCAUCGAUGGAAAGUGCUGCAUAGUUUUGGGCGAGCAGGCAGAAAACCAGCAAAUAUCAAGGGAAAUAUCAAAUGUAGUUAGGCUGCCGAUCGUCAACCACAUGCUACAGUGGCCACUGGCUACUGUGGCACUGCCAGACUUCCAUAAGUUAGUGUCCGUACUUAUACUCGUAGCUAUUAUAUAGUCAAAUGUCUAGGCAAUAACAUUGCUCAUACGUACUGAGGCCACAUCAAACAAACUCAAACCAACUCUCACACUCAAACACUCACAAACACACACACACACUCACAAACACUCACAAACACACAUGCAAAGCACGGCAGGUGAUUUAAUAUCUAUAGUAAUAGAGAAUCUUUUUUUUUGAGGACUUCUAACCGUAUGAGGUAGCUUAAGUUAUGGGUAAUCUUAGUCGCAACUCUUGUCCAUACCAUGCAUAAAUGUCAUCUUAAAAAUAAACUAGG